CUUGCCACUUUUUGCCGUUGGUAUCAUUGGUGUCUUGUCAUCACUAGUGCCUUGUAGUCACUGGUGUCUUGUCAUUGCUGGUGUCGUCGUUGGUAUCGUUGUUAUCGCUGGUGUUGUUGUUGUCAUUGGUUUGGGUGGUCUUGCGUACAUCCCAACUUUUUUGUGGGAUUUCUCCGGCAUUCUUGUGAACUUACGUGUUUCUCCAGCGUUUUUGUGGAAUGGCUUUGCAUUCUUUUCUGGCAUUCUUAUAAGUAGUUAUGUGCGUUUUUUCACUGUGGAUUUG